AUGAGUGACGGAAGAAAACGAUUAAGCGGUUAUCAAUUCAGAAAAAAUGCUAAAGAAAAAAGGGAGAAAGAAGAAAAAGUAUUAAAACAAACUGCUACACUAGAAUUAUUUUUUUCAAAGUCUAACAGUACUAGUGUUGCUUGUGCUAGUACAAGAAAUAAUAAUAGUGAAACAGAAGCAGUUAAACGUGAUAGUAUCUUAAAUCAGUCCACGACUGCAGUUUGCAAGGAAGAAAAUGACAUAAUAAUAAAAGACGUAGAAAAAGAGACAACAACAAUAAACGAGAUCGUCAGUACAUGCGAUAAAGACCCGGCUAAAUGGAUAUUAAAUGAAUCAACUCGCGAUUAUUUUGCUGUCAACAGAUUUAUACAAAAUAAAGAUGCUGAUUUUAAAUUAUCGAAACGAGAAUAUUCUGAUCAAGCACGCUAUUUUUCAUCGAGUUUAUUUCAACGUAAAUUAUUAAAUGGUGAAAAAUGUUCAAGAACAUGGCUUAUAUAUUCUGAAAGUACAAAUCGUGUAUUUUGUGGACCAUGUCGAUUAUUAAAUGUGGAUAAUUAUUUUGCAAAAGAAGGUUUCAAUGACUGGAAAAAUAUGAUCAAAUCUAUAGAAUGUCACGAAAAUUCCAAUUUUCAUAAAUCAUCUAUAUUAACUUUAAAAAUAAGAGGAAAUAAAAUAGGACAAGUUGAUAAAACGUUGAUAAAGCAAUUAGAUGAAGAAAUAUCUUAUUGGAGAAAAGUGUUAGAAAGAGUAGUAGCUGUUGUGAGGUCACUUUCUUCCCGUGCACUUCCAUUGAGAGGUCACGAAGAAAAGUUUGGAUCACCCAAAAAUGGAAACUUUCUUAUGGCACUAGAAUUAAUCUCACAAUUUGACCCUUUUUUGGCCGAACAUAUUAAAAGAUAUGGUAAUCCAGGUAGUGGGCACACUAAUUAUUUAUCUGCAACGAUUUAUGAAGAAUUAAUUCAGCUAAUGGCCAAGCAGACACAAGAGACUAUUCUUGCGGAAAUUAAAAAAGCGAAAUAUUAUUCUGUGAUAAUAGACUCGACACCCGAUAUAUCUCAUAUCGAUCAGUUGUCUUUUAUUAUAAGAUAUGUUCAAGAAUGUGGUUCACCAGUAGAACGUUUUAUUACAUUUCUUCCAAAUACAGGACAUAAAUCACAGGAAUUAGCAGAAACCGUCAGCAAAACACUUAUUGAUUUGGAUAUUGACAUAUCUAGUUGUAGAGGCCAAUCUUAUGAUAAUGCUGCUAAUAUGUCUGGUGCUUAUUCGGGACUUCAGAUGAGAAUCAAAGAACUAAAUCCUUUAGCUGAGUAUGUGCCAUGUGCUGCCCAUUCGUUAAAUCUCGUAGGAACCUGUGCCGCAAGUUGUUGUACUGAAGCAACAAAUUUUUUCGGUGUCCUCCAGGAACUUUUUAAUUUUUUCUCGGCAUCCACACACCGGUGGGAAAUAUUACAAUCAUAUAUGAAAGCCAAACUAACACUGAAGCGACUAUCAACAACACGGUGGUCUGCUAGAGAUGACGCUUGCCGAAGUUUGAAUGAAUCUUGGUUGGAGAUUAUUGAAGCUUUGUCCUUCAUUGAAAAUAACGCAGCAGAAAAAAAUAUAACCAGAAGUGAAGCAAAGGGAUUGCGAAUUCGUUUAGAACGAUUAGAAACCGCGUUUAUGGCUAUAUUUUGGGGUACUUUGCUUUCAAGAUUAAACGCAUCAAGUAAGAAACUACAAAGUAUAGAUAUUGAUAUCUCCAUUGUUUUAGAAUUGUAUAAGUCUCUUAUUAAUUUCGUCCAAAGGAUUAGAAACGACUUUGAUGAAUUUGAGAACAAAGCGAAAUUAUUGUCAAAUGAGCAGAAAUACGAAAGAUGUAAAUCCCGAAUAAAGAAAAGAAAAUUGCAACUUGACGAAUCACGAGAUGGCGAUGCUGAUGAAACGUUCUGCAGCAGAGAUCGUUUUCGAAUUGAAACAUUUCUUGUAAUUUUAGAUAGUUUACGAACUGAAUUAGAAAAACGGUGUUCUGGGUAUGAACUUAUACAUGAUAGAUUCAUUGUGCUCAUCAAAUUAAGAGAGUUGAGUUCAGUAGAAAUAAGAGAACAUGCUAUCCGCGUCUGUGAAGGCUUUCCCGAUGAUAUUGAACUCAGUAUUGUUGAAGAAUUGUUACAUUUGCGUGAACAAUUACUCUUGCCAGAAAAUAUAUCCGUGUCAGUGCAAGAUAUAUGCACAUAG